GUGCGAAAGGCGGAUAGACAGAGAGAGACGGAGUUAGUGCGAGAGCAAGGUGUACACGUUGCUCAGCCAUCCUCAUUGCAGCCGCGACAGGCAGCCAGAGAGGAGCUCCAAUCUAACCGGUGGCAACAAUAGACUACAGAAAACACAGCUUGACCGAUCAAUAGACCUUUGCCAGAAACAUUGUGAGAGGGAGAAAGCUGCUCACGGACCAGGGUGGAGCAGAUAAGGUGAAGAUCUGAGGCAAUUACAGCACCGGGUUCCAAAACUAGAAGACCACUGGGGACUUUGCAGAGCAUCAGAGGGCACAGGUUAUCCUUCUGGAGAGACAGGAAGAGCAUAAGCACUGGCACUUAAGUGCCAAUCAGAGGUCUAUUUGUGGAGUUGAUGAUCUCGCCCUUGUGCCUGAGUUGAGAUGUGGGGGUGCACCAUGGCAAUACAAGGUUCAAUAGUGAGCCUGGCUCUACUGUUCUUCGGGAUUCAAGCUGUUCCUAACCCCACCAGCAAACUAGUGCGGACCACAAGGGUGAGGCGGCAGGUUCCAGAAGGUGAGGGUCCCCCUGGCAACCAGACCCAGCCCAUGAUCUUCAAUCAUGUAUACAACAUCAAUGUACCUCUAGAGUCACUCUGUUCAGUGGACCUAGACACUGUACCAGGCCCAGAGAUAAACAAAGGUACAACUGGGAGUGACAAGAUGCCGACAGAGUACACAGAAGAGACAGUGGACUCGGACAGCCAGGUGACCUUCACCCAUCGCAUCAAUAUCCCAAAGCAGGCCUGUGCUUGUCCUGCGGCUGCCACCAUGGAACAGCUGGCUAACCGCAUAGAGAUGCUGGAGAGGGAGGUGUCCCUGCUUCGAGCACAGUGUAGCUCCAGCUGCUGCGGAGAAAGCUCUGUUAUGGGUCGCUUGGACUUCGUCCCUCAGUGUGGCCAUGGCACCUUCAGCAUGGAGAUUUGUGGGUGUGUUUGUGAAGAAGGGUGGAUUGGCAAGAACUGCACUGAACCGCGCUGCCCAGAUGACUGUUCUGGCCAGGGCAUUUGCAUCGAAGGCGAGUGUGCAUGUGACCGUAACUUUGGUGGUGAGAACUGCUCAGAGCCACGAUGCCCAGGUGAUUGCUCUGACAGGGGGCUGUGCAUUGAUGGUGAGUGUGUUUGCGAGGAAGCCUAUGCUGGCGAGGACUGCUCGCAGGGCAGAUGUCUGAACGACUGCUCAGAUCAAGGAACAUGUGUGAACGGAACCUGUCAGUGCCGACCCGGCUUCCUGGGGGAAGACUGCUCUCUCAUCUUCUGUGCUAAUAACUGCAGCCAGAAAGGGGUGUGUAAGGAUGGUUUCUGUGCCUGUCAAGAGGGAUAUACAGGGGAUGACUGCGCUUCAGUGUCACCUCCUAUGAAUCUGCAAGUUCGGGGAGUGUCAGAGAACACCAUUGAUCUGCAGUGGGAGGGCCCUGUGUUCCUGACAGACUAUCUCAUCACUUAUGCCCCCACGACCCCUGGUGGAGUCCAACUAGAGAUCAGAGUCCCAGGAAACAUUACCAACACCACCAUCAAAGGGUUGGAGCCGGGUCUGGAAUACAACAUCAACGUGUACGCAGUGAUCGACAACAUCAUCAGUGCCCCUAUGAACACUUUAGCCUCCACCUAUCUCUCGAAUCCAGACGGUUUACUCUUCAAAUCCAUCAUGGAGACAUCCGUGGAGGUUCAGUGGCAACCCUUAGACUACUUGUUUGAUGGUUGGGAAAUAAGCUUCAUUCCCAAGGACAAUGAUGGAGGGAUGACAGCACAACUACCUAGUACCAUCACAUCGUUCCACCAAACAGGGCUGAGGCCUGGGGAAGAAUACACUGUCAACCUGGUGGCCUUGAAAGAUCAAGGCAGGAGCCUGCCUGUUACUGCAACCGUUAUCACACUAAUUGAUGGGCCAACACAGCUUAUUGUUCGAGACAUCUCCGACACGGUUGCCUUUGUGGAGUGGAGCCCACCCAAGGCUAAAGUGGAGCAGAUUUUAUUGCGGUACGGGCUGGUAGGGGUGGACGGACCUAAGACCACCUUUCGCCUGCAGCCUACUCUGAGCCAAUACUCCCUCCAAGUACUGAGGCCUGGAUCCACAUAUGAAGUAUCAGUUUGUGGAGUCCGGAAUGGCAGUGAGAGUGGAGCCAUUUCCACAGAGUUCACGACAGAAAUCGAUGCACCAAAGAACCUGAGAGUGCUGUCAAAAACGUCCACUAGCCUGGAGCUGGAAUGGGACAAUAGUGAGGCAGAUGUAGAAGGCUACAGUGUGGUCUACAGCACACUGGCUGGCGAUCAGUAUGACAAAGUCAUUGUCCCGCGCAACGAUGGCCCCACCACCAAAACUACUCUCAAUGAUUUACUGCCUGGCACAGAGUAUGGCAUAGGAAUUUCAGCUGUUGUAGGGGCCAACCAAAGUACCCCGGCAACGAUGAAUGCCAGAACGGGUCUGGAUGUCCCCUUGGAUUUGACAGUCACAGCCUCUACAGAUAACACCAUCAAGCUGUUCUGGGGCACAGUGCAGGGGCCUAUUGAUCACUAUAGGGUGACCUACACAUCCUCCACUGGAGUCACAACUGAGCUAACGGUGCCCAAGGACGUCACCACCACCACACUGACAGGUCUAGAGCCGGGCACAGAGUACACCAUUACAGUCGCAGCACAGAGAGGCAGGCAGCAGAGCACUGCAGCUACUAUUGAUGCCUUCACAGGGUUCCGCCCUAUCACGCAGCUCUUCUUCUCUGAAGUCACAUCUGAUUCAUUGACUGUGGCGUGGAGUGCACCGGCACCGCCUGCUGACGCAUUCAUCUUGAACUACAGUACCCAGGACUCCAGUGAUGAUUCUGAAAUAGCUCUAGACGGGUCCAAAACCAGAAUCACCCUCACUGGUCUCCUGCCCUCCAGGCGGUACACUGUUACCUUGGUUACAAUGCACGGCAAUGUGACCUCAAAGCCAGUUAUAGGCUCAAUUGCAACAGGAAUGGAUCCUCCCAGAGACAUGACUGUGCUGUAUGUCACCGAGGAAUCUGUAACCAUAUCAUGGAUUCAACCACUCGCACCCUUUGAUUACUACAAAAUGUCUUACCAAUCACCAAAAGGUAGGAUGGACAAUGUGGUGAUUGACAAUGAUGUCACCAACUACACCCUAACCAGCCUCCACCCAGCAAUGGAGUACGAGAUCAAGCUGAACGCAGUGAGAGGAAGUCAAGAGAGCAAGGUCAUCACCACUACUGUGUUCACAGCUAUGGACAUGCCUAUGGAGCUCACUGCAUUGAAUGUCACACCUCAGGGGGCUCUGCUGCGUUGGAACGCCCCUGUUUCCAGUGUUGAUAACUACGUGCUCACCCUCACCCGUAACCAAGUUACGGCAGACACCUUCUUAGUGGAGGGUAGCAAGCAGGAGCACCAGCUGAGUCAGCUCAUUCCCAGCACCACCUACUCACUUGCCCUUUAUGCCACCAAGGGUCCUCUCACCAGUGGCACUGUCAUCGCCAACUUUGUCACACCCAUGGAUGCGCCCCAGAACCUGACAGCUAGUGAGAUUAACCAUCGAAGUGCCCUCAUAUCCUGGCGACCGCCCAUCGCGGACAUCGAUAACUACAUGCUGACCUACAAAGCAGCGGACGGUAGUCGAAAGGAGCUGAUCUUAGAUGCCGAAGACACAUGGAUUCGUCUUGAGGGGCUGGCGGAGACCACCGAAUACACUGUGAGACUCCAAGCCGCCAGAGGAUUAGAAACCAGCGCCAUUGUUUCUACUUCUUUUACAACAGGAAACCGAUUGUUUCCCACGCCACAGAACUGUGCGCAACACCUCCUGAACGGAGAGAACCUGAGCGCAAUCUACACCAUCUACAUCAACAGAGACCUCAGCCAAGGUGUGCAGGUUUACUGCGACAUGACCACCGACGGAGGCGGCUGGAUUGUGUUCCAGCGACGUCAGAACGGUUUGACUGAUUUCUCCAGGAAGUGGAGUGACUACAAGAUCGGCUUUGGCAACCUGGAGGAUGAAUUCUGGCUCGGGUUGGACAGCAUUCAGAAGAUUGCAGCUCAAGGUCGUUACGAGCUCCGCAUUGACAUGAAAGACGGCCAGGAGUCUGUAUAUGCCAACUAUGACAGGUUUUCCAUUGGAGAUUCCAAGAGCCUCUACAAACUGAGGAUAGGAGAGUAUAAUGGCACUGCAGGUGACUCUCUGAGCUACCACCAGAGCAGACCUUUCUCUACCAAGGACAAGGACAAUGACAUCGCUGUCACCAACUGUGCACUGUCCUACAAGGGAGCGUGGUGGUACAAAAACUGUCAUCGGGCCAACCUUAACGGAAAAUACGGAGAGUCCAGACAUAGCCAGGGUAUAAACUGGUAUCACUGGAAAGGCCAUGAAUUUUCCAUCCCUUUUGUGGAGAUGAAGAUGAGACCUUUCAACUACCGCAGCAUCAGUGGCAAGCGGAGGAGGUCCACCCAUUAAUCCACCGUCCUACUAGCUGUUUCUAUUUUUAAACGGGGCGAGGAGGACACAAGGAGCGAAAUCUCCUAAUGAGCCUGUUCUGAGAGACAACACUAUGAUGUUUUCAAAGAGUUUCUACCCUUUUCCUAUGCUUCUAUUUUUUUCUUAUCUUUUUGAGGGGUAAGAUUAGAGAGUGUAGCAACAGCUGGGAUGGGAAAUAGAAAACAAGUAAAUUCUUAAUCAGCUCAAGCUAAUUGCAUUUAACACUGAAAAAGACUUACAUUUUGCAUGCACCAGAAGGCAUCAUUUUAUCCAUUUACUGUUCUGUGGAGAACAUGGGUGGAAAUAUGUGCACCUUCUUGUGUUUUCUAACCGUUUUCUGCAGCAAACUAAUUGUUUGUGGUUCACAGGAAGCAGCCCUUCUAGUUAUUUGUGAAAGAGGAAUAGAGACUUCAGCUUGUGAUUGACCGCUUCUCAAGAGAGAGACAGGGGCAGAUUUUCCUUCAUUAUUCAUUGACUCAGCAUAUGGUGGAGACACUUCAAGUCCCCCUCCAUUCUGACAUGCCUCCUAUCCACCAAACCACUUAUGGCUCAACAUUCACCAUGGAAAACAUGUUACACAUAACACUUGGAACUCUAACUCUGUGUUAUACAGGCAACCUGGUCAUUUUGCCACUCUCAUGUGCUUUUAUUUAAUUUUGAACAUUAGGAUAUUGUAAAAAUCCCCUACAUUUUGUACCUAAAUGAAAAUGUGUUUAGCAUGAACAC